UAUGCUUGUAAAUGGUGGAUGUUGCUGGGAAAUUGAUCUUAGCAGCUACUGGUGCUCAUCCAAGUUUGUGAUGUAGCCACUUUGUAUCUUUGUUAUAGGUCCAGUGAUUAUCGAGCCAUUGUCAUUAUGCCUCAAGCACCCACUCCCUUCCCUUUACCUCAAACUCCCCAGGCAACUAACAAUAACCACUGUACACUUCUGCUCACAUCUUUUCAACAGUGCAUACGAGGUUUAAUAUAGAGGAAGAUGCAGAAGCGAUUGGAAAGUCUGGUUGAGGUCCUGCACAGGGGAGCUAUGGAAGAGGACAACACUAUUAAAAGGAUAAGAAGAGGCCGGUACAUCAGAAAAUUGAUCACCAUAUAUAAAAGAGCUUACUAUUAUGAGUCGAGAGGAUGGCAAGAUGAACUGAAGAGGCUAUCUAUGAGCAGAAGUUGAAAUUGCCUGGCAUUAUUGAAUCGUGGGAGUCAUUAAGCUCGCAUCUAUACUACUUCUGAAAGUGAUGUAGGUGUCCAGUGCUCGUAACAUGGAGAAAGUCGCACAAGAGGGAGUUUGCAGAUCUUGUAUAAUUUUUUAUGAAUAAAACGCCAGAUUUUGGGCCAAUGUGAUGUGACAAUAUUUUGAAAACAAUCUCUUUUGAUUGAUGUGAAUUGUUGUUAUUGUAACAAUAUAUUGAUGCAUUAUGCUAUUUCGAAAA